AUGUAUUCGAAUAACCCAUACGCUCAAGCUGGAUGGCAUAACCCUCAAAAUCCUCACUCCAUCAAUGGAGGUCCGUGGCGACCCAAGACAUCCCUUCCGCCUACCUUUGGAGCAUUACCGCCCUUGGACCACAAGCCAAGCUCUGUCGUAGAAUUCUACUUCACUUCGUUCAGUCCCGAUAUUUUCAAUUGCGUGGUCUGGGGGCCAAAUCAACGCAAAUUUUUUGAAAUAAGGACACCGUCGAAUAUAACCGUGAUAUCCAAACCGGAUGAGCAAUUUGCUCUUAUCAAAUGGUCACAACAUCCCUCCGUUGAAGCAAAAGGCUGCCUGUCACUUCAGCGCACAGGUGAUUUUCUGAAGUUGUCCCCGGACUCGUCUUAUCGAACUAUGAAAAUUGCAAGCAAAACGUACAUUUGGGUUCCCAGAGAUAAUGGAAUAUACUUGUAUAGUGGUGGACCGAAUCCUCCGGAACAAUUUGCUCGGAUCAGACUAUCAAGCGAUACCACCAAGGUAGUCCUGGAAAUCACGAGCGAAGCAUUCCAAGCUGGCCUAUUCGAGCCUUGCAUUAUCUCGACAUUACUUCUCUUCAGCUCAAGAAACAUAGAUUAA